AUGGACUGCACCUUUCCUUUCAGCUCUGCCACACAACGCUUGUUGCAGCUGGAUCAGCAGAAGUACUCUCAGCAUAUAAGGUCCUGGUACCACCACGGUGAGCACAGCCUGAGCCCAGUCAGCCAGGGAUGCCAGAACAGCCGCUUAGAGCCACUGGAGUGCCGGGAUCUGCUGGUUCAGAAUGCGCUCUUCACUGGGGACCUGGAGAUGGUGCAGAAGUACUUCACCAAGAGCGCAGCCAUCAAUCUCAUCAUUGAGGCCAAGAGUGGUGAGCUGCGCUGGACUAGCAGGAAAUUUGGACUGUGGUCUCUGAGCUAUGAGCAGGAGCUCACCACACCACUGCACAUCACAGCCAGCCGGGGCUACACAGACUGCCUGCGGUUCCUGCUGCUCAGGGGUGCUGCCGUCAACUUCGCACCGGGGGGUAAGACUGCCCUGCAUGAGGCUUGUGCAGCAGCCAGCACAGACUGCGUGCGCCUGCUGCUCAGCUUUGGUGCUGACCCCGAGGCUGUCUCUGAGGAUGGCUACAAGCCCCUGCAUCUCUGCAAGAGCCCAGACUCUAUCGAGUGUGUCCAGCAGCUGCUGCAGCAUGGCGCCAGUGUGAACAGUCGGACAGAGGAGGAAGACGACACAGUGCUGCAUGUAGUGGCACGGCAUGGCCUAACAGACCACGUGCAGCUGCUGCUGCGCUAUGGGGCAGAGCUGGAGGCAAUGAAUGAGGAGGGCCAGACGCCACUGAAUGCUGCCUGCGCGCAGCCCCACCAACCCCAGGACAUGGACCGCUACUACCAGGUCUGCCAGCUGCUGGUGGAGAGCGGUGCUGACAUCCACGCUGCAGAUAAGGACCGGCAGCACCCGCUUCAUCUGGCCUGCAAGAAUGCUAAUGCUCAAGUAGUAGAGUUACUGCUGGCCCGGGGUGCAAACGUCAACAUCAUGAACUACAGCGGCAACACAGCACUGCACAAUAUCCUGCAAGCCACUGCCUACAAGCUUGAGCAUCACCCAGAGCUUGUGGUGCAAGCCCUGCUCAACUAUGGUGCCAUCCGCAUCUGGCCUGGCUCCCUCCUCAAGGUGCUGCGGUACUGCCAUACCUGCCCGCGGGUCAUCGAGGCCCUGAUGAACAGCUACGACCACGUGCGCGUCUCCGAGGACUGGGUGGAAGCUGUUCCAGCAGAGGUUGUACAGAAAUACCCACGUUUCUACCAAUCACUUUUCUCCCUGGAGCAAAGACCUCGCUCCUUGCAGCACCUGGCUCGCUGCGCACUCAGGACCUUCCUGGAGGGCCGGUUGCUUCUGGUCCUGUCUCAGCUGCACCUGCCAAGGGCCUUGCACCGUUUCCUGCUGCUCAGCUUCGAGGAUGUUCUCUAUUGA